AUGAUGAAGCUCGACCGUGCCCGUGGUAAACAAUGGGAAUGUCCAGGGCUGGCUGGGGGCGCGGCCCUCCCUGCCCAGCCCAGCUUCCAGCUUAGCAACAGUGGCUUCAAACACUGCAGCCACUGCCGCCAGCAGGGUAUUGGACAUGGGGGCCUUCCUCUGCCCCCGCUGCCGCUUGGAGUUCAGAUCCCGACCGCUGCUGCGGAUGCACCUGGAGAAGCUGUGCCUCGGGCCCCCGGCGCCCAGCAGCUCCUGCCUCCAUGGGGGGAACCCUCUGCCUGCGGAGGGAGCACAGGGCACGGCAAGGAAACCACAGGACGUCUCGGACUGGGGGGCCAGCCCCUCCUUCCCGGUGACCCCCGUGUGCUGCAGGAAGAUCCCCCCCGGCAGCCGCUCCCACGGCAGGGGCACCGGCAGCCGCCGCAGGAGCUGCUGGAAGCCCACGAACGCCAGGUGGCCGCGAUCCAGGCCAGGACCCAGCAGCUGGAGCGGCAGAGAGAGGGGCCACACUCCACCUUGACACCCUCCUACCGCCUGUGGGGCCGCUCGCAGCUGAGGCCAGGGCACUGCGACUGUCCUACCUGCGCUCCGGGGGACACGACCCUGCCAUCCUGGACCAGCUUCUCCACCUCCAGCUGGAGGCCACGGACCUGGAGAAAGGAACUGCAGGGCUGCGCAGGGGCAGGCGGAUGGCAGAGCCCCCCAGCGCUGGCACACACGGUCUGGAUGCAGCACUGCUGGCCGUGGAGCUGGAGAACUGGCGUCUAGAAGAUGAACUGUUGGCACUGAAGGUCAGGAGGGAGAGGAGAGCAGACGCUGGUAGGUGAUGGGUCCCCCAUCUGCACCCCACAAGCGCCAGCUGCCUCUGUGGCUGCAGCAUCAGAGCCCUGAGCUGGACAUGGCUCCUGGAAAUAUUGGCAAGUGGAGGGGCUGCAGCUAGGGGUGGGCUCUCUGUAGUGAGAAGGGAGAGGCCCAGUCUCCAGACUGAAUGUGGGCCUGGGGAGAUGCCAGGAAAAUGGCUGCUGUAAAC